GUGCCCAAAGAUGAGCGCGUGACGACGCCCUACAUGACCAAGUACGAGAAGGCGCGCAUCCUGGGUACAAGGGCUCUUCAGAUUAGCGGCAACGCACCCGUACUCAUCGACGUGGAGGGCAUGACCGACCCUCUCGAGAUUGCUGCCAAAGAACUGAACGAAGGCAAGAUUCCUCUAGUCGUCCGGCGGUAUCUUCCAGAUGGAUUCUACGAAGACUGGUCGUGCGAGGAGCUU